UCCAUUACUACCUUGUGGAUAAAGACUUGUUGUACGAAGAGGGGAGAGUCUAUUGUGAAUCAGCUGGCCUUGGGAAGAUGGCUCUCAUACACAGUGCUCAACACUCUCUUGUUGCACAGCAUGUCUUAGAUGGUAGAAAUGCUUUCGUCGGAGGGAAGAUAGAACCACCAGAAUCGAAUACAUGGGACAAUGGUAUGUGGUUAGACUACAGUCCAAUAUCUACAUGGGUCGAUUGGUCUGAGAAUUUGCAGCCAGAAACUGAUAAAGUCAUCUAUAUGUUAAAAGAAGGUGGUUGGGAAGAUAAAAAGUUUUCUGAGAAGAAGAGAAUAUUGUGUCAAAAGAUUUACGAGUGUAAUGGAGUGCCUUCAAAUGUUGCCCAUGCCACAAGGACGUUUAGUACCAUGAACACAUAUUCCGACACAUACGAAUACAGGUGUGACAUAGGCUACCGUAUUGACGCAUCCAACAAUGACUUCCAAUAUAUCCGUUGCCGUGGAGGGGUAUGGCAGUCUCCGAAACCGUGUUACUUGAAGGAUUGUGGAACGCCUCCAUCUGAUUCGAAUGCAGUGGUUACUUAUACAAACACAACUUACGGAAGUUCAGUUAAUUAUAUGUGUCAUUUAGGAUACAGCACUUUUGGUUCAAUAUCCAUUAACAUCUCGUGCCUUGAUACGUCCCUCUGGGAGCCUUAUAUCUCCUGUGGACCACUGUCAUGUGGCCCGCCACCAUUGGACUAUAUGAGUACGGUGGACUCUGAUGGAACGUCAAUUUCUGAUAUAAGCAAUGUUCCAGAAGCGUUAACUCUGUACGAUGCCCAUUUAACAUACACUUGUAAAGUAGGCUAUGGAAUAAAUGGAUCCGCUGAUAUACUUCUCGAAUCAAUCCGCUGUAUGGCCGACGGAAACUGGCAGACCCAUAUCUAUUGCUCCCAUUGGCAUUGUGGUCUACCGGAUGUCGAUAAUAAUGCAACACAAUUUGGACUAGCAGAUUAUUAUUUCUCCAAAGUGCGAUUUGUGUGUCUACCCGGGUAUCUAACAGGAGGGGACGGUGGUUUAACGUCAUAUACUAUCACUUGCGAUGUUAACGCGACGUGGGGAUCGCAUACACCGUGUUUAAAGACAUCUUGUCCCGGUGCAUAUGAUAUGGAUUCCAAUGCAAUAAUAACCGUUUAUGGUAAUUUAUUUGGGGACAUUGUGAGGUACACCUGUCAUCCUGGUUAUGGUUUGUCUGGAUUAAAUAUUCAGAGUGAAGAUAUAUAUUGUCUUGCUAACAGGACGUGGUCAAGUCAUAUUCUCUGUGAGAGAAGAUACUGUGGCUAUCCCGCCGAUGAUGAUAAUGCCGCGUAUUCUUUCAUCGCAGGAUGGUACGGGGACAAUAUAACCUACACAUGCCACAGUGGGUAUAGACUUGGCAUUAAUCAGAUCGUUAGUGAGGACGUAAUUUGUCAAGAAGAUGGCACGUGGUCUGUUCACCAACAAUGCUAUAAACUUUCGUGUGGUGAACCAUGGUUUGACCCAUACGCCACAAUGAAUACAACUGAUCCGGAUUACUUGUUCGAAGCAGAUGUAACAUACAAUUGUGUUAAUGGAUAUGGGAUUGGAUAUAAUGGUCUGAGCACGGAAACAAUUACCUGUUUAGACACAGGUGACUGGUCACAUCAUACCCAUUGUGUACGGACGCCAUGUAAUAUCCCACCGGCCGAUACUAAUGCUAACAUAACGUAUCUGUCAACAUCGUACUCGGAUGUUGCAAACUACACAUGCAAUCUCGGAUAUCGACUAUUUGGGAAUGGAAGCAAAAUGGAGUCAAUCGUUUGUGGAGCAGAUGGCAACUGGUCACCACAUGCUCCUUGUCUAGAAGUAUCGUGUGGAACUCCAGUUGAUGACCCCCUGGCCAAUGUUUCUUGGACAUCUGAGUUAUACCUCAGCAUAGCGAGGUACGAUUGUCUAUACGGCUAUGUGACUCUUAAUGGAGCUACAUAUGAAAUAACUAGUUGCUCUGCAUUCGGCAACUGGUCUAUUCAUACACCUUGUACAAAAAUCUCAUGUGGAUUACCAGUAAUUGAUCCAAACUCAAUUUCAACAGCGAGUAAUAAUAGUAACCUGUACGGAUCUAAUGUUACAUACAUGUGUAACCAUGGUUUUAGAAUAGGAGACGAGACUAAUUACACGUUUGAUGUAAUUACAUGCCAAGGAAAUGGGAGUUGGAGCAUCCAUACGCCCUGUCAACGUAUUUCGUGUGGGACUCCACCUAAAGAUUAUAACUCUGUACUGUAUGCAAGUGACAACUUGUUUGAAUCAGUUACACGUUAUUCAUGUAACACUGGCUUUUACAUUGGCAAUACUUCAAACCAGUAUGAGAAUAUAACGUGUCAAGGAAAUGGCACCUGGAGUAGUCAUACCUCUUGUGAAAAAGUACCAUGUGGAAUUUCUUUACCCGACCCCAAUGCUGUUCUAACAACUGGUGAUAACUUAUAUGGAUCAAACACUACCUAUACAUGUAAUGAUGGUUAUCUAAUUGCCGGUACAGAUGAUCUACAGGAAAUCAUAAGUUGCCAAGCAGAUGGGACGUGGACCAAUCAUAUAGGAUGCCAGCGAGUUACAUGCGGAAGUCCAGUAAUUGAUGAGAAUUCUCUCAUGACUCCAAGUGACAAUUUGUACGAAUCUAAUGUUACAUACACCUGUAACACUGGUUACCUUAUUGGAGGAGAUAUGGCCAGUCAGAUUGAAACAAUCACAUGCCUAAAAAAUGGUUCUUGGACAGAUCAUACAGUAUGUUUGCCUAUCUCGUGUGGUAUACCUCCAAUCGAUGACUUCUCAACAUUGACACAGUCAAAUAAUCUUUUUGAAUCCAAUGUAACAUACACUUGCCACCCGGGUUACCUCAUUGUAGGUUUUAAUCAAUCUCAAGACACAAUCACGUGUCAGUCUGAUGGAAAUUGGACAUCACAUAUACCAUGUCAGCGUUUGUCAUGCGGGGAUCCCAUUAGUGACCCGAACGCAGCAAUAGUCUCAACUGAUAGCUUGUUCGAAUCAACUAUAACAUAUAUUUGCAACGCUGGAUAUUUAGUUGGAGGAAAUACCAACAGCUCAGAAACGAUCACUUGUCAAGAAGAUGGUCGAUGGAGCAUUCAUACGAUGUGCUUACCAAGAUCUUGUGGAACGCCAAUAAUUGAUGUGCACUCAAAUAUGACAACAAAUGAAAACCUUUAUGGAUUGAACGUAACCUAUACUUGUGACACUGGCUACCUUAUAGGUGGUAACCUCACUAAGAAGGAAAUGAUAUUUUGUGAUUUUGAUGGGAAUUGGACAAAUCACUCAUUUUGUGAGAAACUUUUGUGUGGACAACCACCGAUCGAUGAUAAUGCAAAUACCACCGUUGGUGAUAACAGGUUUGGAAGUGUUGUUACAUACACAUGCCUCGAGGGUCAUAUUUUAAAUGGCACCAGUACUAUAGAAGAGAAUGCCACAUGCAAUAGUGAUGGUGAUUGGACAGCACAUACACCGUGUGUCCCAGGAUUAUGUGGAGGUAUAAACAUAUCUCAGAAUGUAACCGUUACUGUUGACAGUAUGUUUUACACCGACACAGCUCAUUUCUCAUGUAGUAUUGGAUACGUGUCACUUUCUAGUGGUUCAUCGUCAGGAACUGUCACAUGUUUGUCUAAUGGAACCUGGAGUGAUGACAUUCAGUGUGUACCAGUAUCAUGUGGUCCUCCACCUAUAGAUCUAAAUUCAACUGUUACAUAUGCAGAUACAGUGUAUAACUCAGUAGCCAUAUAUGAAUGCCAUAGUGGGUUUCAAACACAGGGCUCUAGCAAUGAUUCAAUUAUAUGUCAGUCUGAUGCAACUUGGAGCAGUCGUGUGAAUUGUACUCAUGUGUUUUGCGGGCCACAUCCUUCAGAUCCAUAUGCAGACAGUUUGCUUAUAAAUAACUCAAUAACAGAUGAGGCAAUCUAUACAUGCAAGCCGGGAACUGCUUUAUCAAAUGGAGCUGUAAGCAACAACAGUACAUGCCUCGUCAAUAACACGUGGUCAUCGCGUGACCGCUGUUAUCCAAUCAACUGCAACAAUCCACCAGAAGACGUAAAUGCAAACACCAGCCGAAGCUUUUCUGAAGGAUUGCAUCUUGUAACAUAUACAUGUAUCAAAAACUUCUACAUUGGUGGAACUGGGAACGACUCAGAAACAAUAUCAUGUUCUAAUUCAGAAGGUUGGACAAUACAUACUCCCUGUUCCCUUGCUGAUUGUGGCCCAUGGCCAGUAGACCUUAGGGCUUCAGCAAUAAAGUCGUCUGGGACAUUGCUAUAUGCUGUAGUGGAUUUCAAAUGCCACGAGGGAUACACUCUAACUGGAAGAGAGGACGGACCAAAAUACAAAACGAGCACCUGCCUCCCCACGAGACAGUGGAUGGCCAUUCCAUAUUGCAAAGCUGCCAAAGAAAGAAGCUACAAGCGCGCCAGGAAGAUCGAGUUCCCACCAGAGGAAGCCGAGUAUGCAGUAGUUCUAGGCGGUUCCUCACUCGUUAUAGCUAUUAGUUUUGUGGCGUUUAUCGUGAUUAUGGAUACACCUGCCCUCUUCAAGGAUAUGAGGGAUAAAAUGUGUAGAUCUCUAAAAACUCAGAUAACACAACAUCGAUGAAUUUAAAAUGGUAUAACUACCACAAAUAAAUUACAAUGCAAAUGAUCUCCACAGCAUUCAAUUGCUAUGUGAGAAUGGUUCCGAUUUCCUGAAAAGCAACACCAGUGUAAUGCGUGGACCCCGUUGACUAUUUUCCUGCAUCAUGCAUGAACUCUCUAUACUAAAACAUCACGAGGAUUCCGUCAUGCGAAAUUAAAAAAAAUAUUUCAGACUUCAACUUCAACAGGCCUUCCCCAUCAAGGCAAUCUUACGUAUAAUAUUCUUUAUUAUAGUCCUAACAAUUGCA